AAAUUUGGCUCUCGAGGGAUAAUAUGGAGGAGCUUCCGGCGUGCCCCAGCUGCUGAAAGCCAGGGCAGAAGUGCUGGUCCCCGUCUGGGUUCCUGUCCCAGUCCCGCCGAGGCUGCGACUGUGGUAGGAGGGAGGAGGUGUUGGACACACUGGUGGCCCUCCACCGCUUUGCAUGGCAGCCUUAUCUCAGCUCAAAAUGAACUAUAUUCCCGGCACCACCAGCCUUAUCGAAGACAUCGACAAAAAGCACUUGGUCCUGCUGCGAGAUGGAAGGACACUUAUAGGCUUUUUGAGAAGCAUUGACCAAUUUGCUAAUUUAAUGCUACAUCAGACUGUGGAGCAUAUUCAUGUGGGCAAAAAACACGGUGAUAUUCCUCGAGGGAUUUUUGUGGUCAGAGGAGAAAAUGUGGCCCUACUAGGAGAAACAGACUUGGAAAAGGAGAGUGACGCAUCCUUGCAGCAAGUGUCCAUUGAAGAAAUCCUAGAAGAACAAAGGGUAGAACAGCAGACCAAGCUGGAAAAUGAGAUGAAAAUUCAGGCUUUUAAAGAUCGAGGUCUCUCCAUUCCUUGAGCAGACACUCUUGAUGAGUAUUAAGUCUUUUGCUCUUGGGGAGCAGGGGCUCUCACUGAAUGAAAAUGAGUUUUUCUUUUGGAUUCUUUCACAUGUAACAUGAAGAAAUCAUGUGGCUUUUUUUUUUUCCUUUUUAUGAACAAAAUCUGUCUAAAGAAAUAGCUGGAUGAACU